AGGUUUUCGGUGAUUGAGUCGGCCCAACGCAGCUAUAAAUACCUCUCCUCCUUCCCCUUCUUUCCCAUCACUAUUCUUCUCUUCUCAAUUCAACAAUUCAAUCGAUUCACGCAAAACCUAAUCUCUCAACGUUCCUCUUCUCUCUACUUUUCUUCUCAAGAUGCAAAUCUUCGUGAAAACCUUGACUGGCAAGACCAUCACCCUCGAGGUGGAGAGUUCAGAUACCAUUGACAAUGUUAAAGCCAAGAUCCAAGACAAGGAAGGGAUCCCACCUGAUCAGCAAAGGCUUAUCUUUGCUGGGAAGCAAUUAGAGGAUGGUCGCACCUUAGCAGACUACAACAUUCAGAAGGAGUCCACCCUUCACCUUGUUCUUCGCCUCAGGGGUGGCAUGCAGAUCUUUGUCAAGACAUUGACGGGUAAAACAAUCACCCUCGAGGUGGAAUCCUCAGACACCAUUGAUAAUGUGAAGGCGAAGAUCCAGGACAAAGAGGGCAUCCCACCAGAUCAGCAAAGGCUGAUUUUUGCUGGUAAACAACUCGAGGAUGGAAGGACCCUCGCCGAUUACAACAUCCAGAAGGAGUCCACCCUUCAUUUGGUUCUGCGAUUGAGAGGCGGUAUGCAGAUUUUUGUUAAGACCUUGACAGGGAAGACCAUCACUUUGGAGGUGGAGAGUUCUGAUACCAUUGAUAAUGUGAAGGCGAAGAUUCAGGACAAGGAGGGCAUCCCUCCAGACCAGCAGAGGCUCAUCUUUGCUGGGAAGCAGCUUGAAGAUGGAAGAACCCUUGCUGAUUAUAACAUCCAGAAGGAGUCUACCCUACACUUGGUUCUGCGUCUUCGUGGUGGGAUGCAAAUCUUUGUUAAGACUUUAACCGGGAAGACCAUAACAUUGGAGGUUGAGAGUUCUGAUACUAUUGAUAAUGUGAAAGCUAAGAUUCAGGAUAAGGAGGGUAUUCCACCAGACCAGCAGAGGCUUAUCUUUGCUGGGAAGCAGCUGGAAGAUGGUAGGACCCUGGCUGAUUACAAUAUCCAGAAGGAGUCCACCCUGCACUUGGUUUUGCGGCUUCGUGGUGGUAUGCAAAUCUUUGUGAAGACCUUGACAGGGAAGACCAUUACAUUGGAGGUGGAAAGCUCCGAUACAAUUGACAAUGUUAAGGCGAAGAUUCAGGACAAAGAGGGUAUUCCUCCAGACCAGCAGCGACUGAUUUUUGCUGGCAAGCAGUUGGAGGAUGGUCGAACUUUGGCAGAUUAUAAUAUCCAGAAGGAGUCCACCCUGCAUCUUGUCCUGCGCCUUCGUGGUGGCUUCUAAAGCGUUAAAGCACUACCCUCUGUUCGUUUCCUUUGGUUUUUUUUUACCUGUUAUUCUGAUAUAGUCUCUAGUCUGUAGUUUGCAGCCCCUGUUUAGUGGCUGUAACUAUGUUCUAAUGUGUCUGAACCUGCUGUGGUAGCUCCAUUCUCAUAUGUUGAACCUUUUAAUAUAGUAAUAUCAUGCUAGUGUUUUCUUAACUUGAAA